GUCGUUUGUUUUUUCUCUCGCGGAGGUGGUUGUUUUUGUUGUUUGCGUGGCUUGUGUUUAUAACAAUAACAACAAGUGAUUAUUACUCGAAGACAAGUUGUGUUCAAGUGGCUAAGCAUAUGGCUAAAACAUAAGGGUUAAACCUUUUUGGCUCGAGAUACGAGACUUCCUUUGGUGUUACUCAAUUUUGGGGGAUUUAUUUUGGCCACCUCCCAGUUCUUCCAAAAUGGUUCGGUGGAGCGCGCGGUCGCGACGUCAAGCUCGCCAGGAUAAAGUGGAGCUCUUGGCCAGCAACAACAAAGUGAAUGGCGAGGACGAUACGUCCGAUAACGCCGCCUUCCGCAAUUCGGCGGACCUAUCCGACCACGAUGAGAUCUUCCUCAAGGGUUUACUGCGUAGUAAUCCCAAUACGCCCCACAAGGAACUGAUGCUGAAUCCGACCGAGCCGCAGCCAGUGCCAUUAUUCCUGCCCGCUCAUCUGAACAACAAGCCGAUUUGCGACGACAUCAUCCGUAAGUUCUCACCCUCGAGGCGUCUGGAGUCGCGAGAGCUCGCCAAGCUUCUCGCCCAACCGCAUUUUCGUGCCCUUGUGCGCGCCCAUGAUGAGAUAGGAGCGCUCUACGAGCAUCGACUGAAAGCCGCCGGUGGAUCCACCACUCAACUAGAGAUCGCCAGUCAACGCCAAUCGGGUGGCUACCUGUUCACCGAGGACAUUCUCAGCACCAAGAUGCCCGUGGAGACCAUCAAGAUGGUGGGUCUGCGCCGAGACCCCAACAAGCCCCUCGGCCUGACCGUCGAGCUGGACGAGUUCAAGCAACUGGUGGUGGCCAGGAUACUGGCUGGCGGAGUGAUCGACAAACAGAGCAUGCUGCAUGUGGGCGAUGUCAUUCUGGAGGUGAACGGCACACCGGUGCGCACGCCCGACGAGCUGCAGGUGGAGGUGUCGCGGGCCAAGGAGAAUCUCACCCUGAAGAUCGGACCCAAUGUCGAUGAGGAGAUCAAGAGCGGUCGCUACACUGUGAGUGGGGGUCAGGUAAAACAGAAUGGCAUCGCGGGCCUCGAGACGGGCAAGAAACUGACGUGCUAUAUGCGUGCGCUGUUCACAUACAAUCCGUCGGAGGAUUCUUUGCUGCCAUGCAGGGACAUUGGAUUGCCCUUUAAAUCGGGUGAUAUUUUGCAGAUCAUUAAUGUCAAAGACCCCAACUGGUGGCAGGCGAAGAACAUUACUGCCGAAUCGGAAAAGAUUGGUCUUAUACCAUCUCAAGAGUUAGAGGAGCGACGCAAAGCUUUUGUGGCCCCUGAAGCGGAUUAUGUUCACAAAAUUGGCAUUUGCGGAACAAGGAUCUCGAAACGAAAGCGCAAGACCAUGUACCGAUCGGUGGCCAACUGUGAGUUCGACAAGGCGGAACUGCUGCUUUAUGAAGAGGUCACCCGGAUGCCUCCCUUCCGCAGGAAAACCCUGGUCCUCAUUGGAGUUUCUGGAGUGGGAAGGCGCACGCUUAAGAAUCGCCUGAUUAACAGCGAUGUGGACAAGUUCGGAGCCGUUAUUCCACAUACAAGUCGUCCCAAGCGCGCCUUGGAGGAGAAUGGCACAAGCUAUUGGUUCAUGGACCGCGAGGAAAUGGAUGAGGCCGUGAGGAAUAACGAGUUCCUGGAGUAUGGCGAGCACAAUGGCAACCUGUACGGCACCCACUUGCAGUCCAUUAAGGAUGUGAUCAACAGUGGUCGCAUGUGCAUCCUGGAUUGUGCACCCAAUGCUCUGAAGAUCCUGCACAAUAGCCAGGAACUGAUGCCAUUUGUUAUCUUUGUGGCAGCGCCGGGCAUGGAACAGCUCAAGACCAUCUAUGCAGAUCGCAGGGCCACUGGCUCCAAUAGGAAUCUAUCUUUUGACCGCCAGAGCUCCAUUAGAUUCAGCUCCAGACGCGCCCGUACGCUCGAGUCCCUAGCAUCGUUGUAUGAGGCCACCCUAGUAGCCCUCUUAGAUAUCUGCCUGAAUACCCAGACAUUGCUUAACACAUUCGAAUUGUAUGGCUCUUUUGAACAGGAUGACGAUCUGGUGGCCACCGUCGAGGAGAGCAGCUUUGUCCAGCGAAAAUACGAGAAGUACUUCGACAUGGUCAUCGUGAACGAGGACUUCGACGAGACGUUCCGUCAGGUGGUGGAAACUCUGGAUCAGAUGAGCCACGAGGAGCAGUGGGUGCCUGUCAACUGGAUCUACUAGAAACGAAACACUACCCAUAAGCUACUGCAAUUUCGCAUUCUUGCAUAUAUAGAGAAAAUAUACACAGCAAAAAUCUAUUGCCUAUCAUCACAAGAAAAGGGAUUAUUCCAGUAAUUGAAGCUUAAAAUCGCAGCACAAUACGAAUCUUACAAAAAGCAUUAAAAAGUUACCGUUUUCAAUACUACUUCCUGCUGAUUAAAAGUUUUUUUUCAAGAAGGUGCUCAAUUACUGUUGUUUUCCUCUUUAAAUAUAAAUUAUGUAUAUAUAUGCAAUGUUUUGUAUAAUUUGAAAUGCGCCCUCCGUUUACACUUCAGUUUUCCUUAAGUCUAAGCCUAAUUUUACGAAACGAAUUCGUCCAUUUUACAAACUCUUAUUGUUUUAUUUAUACGAGCAUUAUGAUUUACGUCGAUGCAUAUCUCUUCAGUUUAUAAUUUUAACGAAUCUCCUCAGUACAACAAUCCUUUCUGCCAAUAUUUCUAGUAGUUUUUAGACUUGUUUGAAUAAAAUGUAUAAGUUUAACGAACUAGUUUAAUAUUGAUGUGGAGUAAAACAAAUUGAAUACGAAUAAAUUUGGCUCAAAUAAA